GAUCUGUACUUGACAGUGACAUUAGGAGAUGAAUUUAGUAGUCAACGUAUUCGGCCUCUGAAUACUUUCGGAGAUAUUUUUAUCAAUAUUACUGCGUAAAUCUUUUUAACAAAAAUGCAACAAUUAACAGUAUUUAUGGACAUCGAGAGCUCAAGAUCAUACAUUGACGAGUUAUAUUCACCAGAUGCAACAAAGGUUGUAGAAGCACUAGUUACAUUAAAAAAUUCAGUAAUCGGCAGUAACCGGCAGAAGAGUUCGGUCAUUCAGCAAGGAGUAGUACCGCGACUCCUACAGCUGAUGUCAGAUGAAGCCCUUGAUCCCAACAUAAGGCUCGAAGCUACUAUCACAAUAGGUUCACUAGCAAAAGGCACACCAGAGAAUGUUGCGACAUUGGUGGAACAAGGGACUGCGACAGCUUUAGUGGAACUACUGAGGACAGUACCAAUUGGCACCAAACUGGUUGAGGCUGGCCUGUGUGCACUACGCAGUGUCUUCCUUCAUCCGCCUGCACCUAUAGCAGCCCUCCCAGCGGAUAUGAGGUUGCUGACGAGGCUAACACAAAUUGCACGCGAGGGUACAGCAACAGCCCGAUGUUGUGUGGUGCGAAUAUUGUCGGUAUGGUGUGGUGGUCAUAUGGAGCAGGAAGCGCUUUGUCAAGCAGGCGCUUGUGCAGCUAUAGCAGCUAUGCUCGCCAACGGACGCAACUCCGCACCACCGCUCGCUCGAGCCCUGCCAGCGCUGGAAUUACUUGCCAACAUGUGCUUUGAAAAUGGAAAUGUGUCGCAAGUCGCUUUAAAUACUAGACAUGGUGAUAAGACAAUACCAGAACUUCUCAUGUGUUUGGUGUCGCGCGACAAGCCAUUGCCUGUGGCGUUGGGUGCAGCGCGAUGUCUCACGUUCAUUCACCGCGCUGGCGCUCUGACAGCAGAUGACAAUAGAGUGGUAUUUGGUGCCUUACCUUGUCUUGCGCGCCUCUGUACGAAAGAAAUGCCAGAAGAAAUUAGAGCAAAGGCUGCCGAAACACUUUCGUACUUAGCAGAGGUGGACACCUCGCUUCAAAGACUUGCGGCUAUUUCCAAUCACUUGAUGAGCUCACUCGCGGACAUAGUCAACUGUCCGUCGGCGGCAGCGAAACAGGGCGCGUUCAAGUGCUUCGCGUCCCUUGGUGCCAAUGAUGAGGACAUCAGGAAGAGGAUUAUCGAGACACAUGGUCUGAUGAAACAUAUCGUCAGUGAAAUGAAAAAUCCUGAGCCAUCGAUCAGACUAGCGGCAGUUAGGUGUUUGCACUCUCUGUCGAGGUCUGUCCAACAGUUGAGGACUACAUUUCAGGAUCACGCCGUAUGGAAACCAUUGAUGCAGUUGUUAAACGAUUCACCUGGAACAGAACUACUUACAGUGGGCUCCUCCACGCUGUGCAAUUUGUUACUUGAGUUCUCUCCAGCCAAGGAACCAAUGUUAGAUCAAGGUGCUGUGGAAAUGUUAUGUAAUUUAACAAAACGGCCAGAAGCGGCCUUGAGACUGAAUGGUAUAUGGGCUCUUAUGAACAUGGCUUUCCAAGCGGAACAGAAAGUGAAACAGCGAAUACUAUGUUGCCUGGGCACGGAGCAAAUGUUUCGGCUGCUCGGCGACAGCGACACGCGCGUCAUCAUGAAGACACUUGGUUUGUUGCGCAACUUGCUGUCUACUAGGCAACACAUCGACGCCAUCAUGAGUGAAUACUCCUCGCAAGUUAUGCAGGCAGUGAUAGUAGUGUUAGAAGGGUCAUACCCUGCUGAAGUUAAAGAGCAAGCACUGUGCAUCCUCGGUAACAUCGGCGAUGGUGAGAGAGCACGGGAUUUUAUUAUGGCAAAUGAGGACGUGCUCAGGAAGCUUGUUGAUUAUUUGGCACACCCAGAGAGCAAACUGCAAGAGGCGGCACUGUUCGUGGCGAGUAACCUGGUGCGCUGCAGCGAGGCGGGCGCGGCGGCGCGGCAGGCGCGCCUGGCCGACCUCGGCGUGCUGCGAGCGCUCAAGCUGCUGGGCGCGCGCCAGGACGCGGCGCACCUGCACGACAAUGAUUUUUUUUCAGAGUGAAGACUGCCCUGGCCCAAUUCAACGGAUUGACAUAAUAUCACAAGGGUUACCGCCGCAAACGCAUGAAGAAAACGUGACUCUUUAGAGGUUUCACUUGUGAUUUACAAAUAGUGAGUUGUCAAGUCAUUAAGGAACAUUCGUCGUAACGGUUAUUAAUUUAACAAUUCUAUGUCUAGACGUAAGUGUUGUAUAUAUAGCUAAGUUCGCAAUCUAUUGUUAUCUCAGCUUAGGAAAGUUAAUAUUUAUUUUAAUUUAUGUGUUCAUGUCAAUAUUUCGUAGCUCGUGAAUAUUCAUUCAUAUUGCUGACGCUUGCACCGAACUACAUGGCACAUCGAUUCGGAUAUUUGUUGUAUGUUCGUAAAAUUAUAAUAGAACAGUGGUUCCUGACCUUUUCUGGCCCACCACUCUAUUUUUUUAUAGAAAAGAUUAUGCUUUGUAUAUAAUGAUUGUUUACAAAUUUACACAUUCUUUGUUUUUAUAUCGGGAGAUCAUAAAUACAUAUUUACGCACCGUAAAUAAUAUUGUUCAUAAAAUGUGUAAAGCUCAAUGGUCAUAAUAAUUAUUAUGAUAUAAAAAUAUUGCAUAUGGUUUGUAGCUACCGCUCUUAAGGAAGGCUCCAACGCCCACUGGCAAUUCGUUGGGAAUAUAUUUUUAAUCAUGUAAAUAUAAUAAUUUAAACGUGGCUCCGAUCUCACAGUAGAUAUUAAACUAUAUAUAGUAUAUACUCAUACCAAAUUUUGCAGAAUGUCUUAUCUAACACUCAAUAAAAAGUACUUCUUUUAGAAAAUUACCAAUUAACUCGGCAAAAAUUGUUUUGCUUCCUACCGCCACCUACCAUUAAAAAAAAAUAGCAAAAAAUGGUUGAGCGAUUUUAGAGAUUAACAUGAAUAAAUAUCGUGAUGCGGAAAUUUUUAUAUAUUAAAAUUUCAGUAGUAUGUGGCCACAAUUAGACUUCAUCAAUAUCCGGUUCGAAGAGUCAUUGUGCAAAAUUUAUAUAUUAUCCAUAAAUGGUCACCAUACAUAUAUAACAUCGUAUUGCGGCGACGUGCUCACGUUACAUUUUGCCUUAAAUAAAUUAACGAUCUGAUCAUACGAUUCUCAUUGUGAAUGUAGUCGAUCCAGGGGUUUAGCAUAUUUCCAUCGACAGGGGUGCUAGAGUCCUCGCAAAAUGAUAUUUUUUCAUUCUAGAAAAAUGUAGUGUAACUUCACUAGCAUAAUUUAUUACGUAGUUGUUGGUUAAUGUAUAAUGCAAAUGUUUUAUAUAAUUGGAAUGAGGUGGAAGGAAAGAUUCAGUAUUUGGAAAAAGCGGGAAUUUUAUACUUAGAAUACUCUGUAUGUGUAAGGGAAAUAAACUGACAAAUUAUUUCUGAAUAAGGCCAAUGAAAAAUUAAUAAAAAAAUGUUUAAGUUCUUCCUUCCAUAAAAUGAAUAAAUAAAGAAUAUAAAUUUGAGAGUUUACGUUCUGAGCAUAUGUAUGUGUCUGUCGUAGCUGCCUUAUAAUCAAAGAGCAAUCGUUUUUAUUGUGGAAGGUAGAGGUAAUGGAUACUGUCUCGUGUAGGGGAACAGUAGCAAAAAUGUCCAGCUGUUAGCUGUAAAUAACUGUUCCAAAUUCCCGCAGAAGGCGUUAAAGUACGAGGGGAGGCCGAUAAAUUCGCGGUCUUAACGAAUGAAAAGUAUAGUUUCCGAUUUUUUUAUUUUUCAAUAUUUUUUUUACACAACUUAGAAUGGCAAACAAGCUGACGGCGCACCUGAUGGAAAGUGGUAACCGUCGCCUAUAGACAUGAGCAGUUCCUUGGACAUAACAGAGUAUACUGUUUUGCCCAUGGUACCACCCAUGCGUUGCCAUUCCUGAGGACUCAGGUGUUAUUCCUCUGUACCCUGUAAAUUCACGUCAUAUCCCACCCUUCAAACCGAAACACAGCCAUGCAAACAACUGCUUUACGGUUGAAACACGAGUGGGACAGAGGUACCCAAGCAAACGACUUUUGUACAAAGUCUCCCUUUGGUAUACCUGUAUAAUUUCUGUCAAGAGAAAUACACUUUCCACAUCGUCAAUACAAAGCUUUUAUGCCUUUUAAAAAAAUAUUCUUUGUCUUUCUUCUCGAAAUGGUUUUCUACAGCCGCCUUCAUCUCACUGUCGUCCGAAAAUCUUCGUCCUCGUAACCUCCUUUUAUAAAUUUUAAAAGAAAAAAGUCACUGGGAGCCAAGUCUGGACUGGUUUGGUGUUUAAUUUCUAUGAAUCCCGUAACUUUUAAGGCAUCUCUUGCAACCCGAGCGGUGUGAACAGUACUCCGCGCGCUAAUUUGCCACGUCUCUUCUGUACAACUACCUCCCGUGCGUGACCCAUUAUUUAUACUUUAUUUACUUACAUGGAGUCAUGCGUAUUAUCAGUAGUAAGACGAUGGGUCAUCACUAAGUACCAUAGGUCGCGAACUAAUGAGCCGCCCCUCGUAUCAAGAGAGUAUAAAAUUAAUUUAGCAGUUGUUGAUAGACUGAAAUGCGCUGAGUUGAAAAUUUAUAUCUUAUAUAUAUAUAAAGUUUAACAGUUUAAAAUGAUAUUUAUCAUGACAUUAAUUAAUUUUUUUUUUAUAAUAAUCAAUAAUAUUAUUUUGUUUGAAAAGUGCGCUUUUGAAAAGUGAAAAUUACUUGCUACUGUAGCGGUACUCUAAUUUAACACCUUUUGAUGGAUACGUUUUCGUACAUAAGAUUCUCUUUACUCCUACCCUCCAUAAUUUUUAUUUAUUUAAACUUCACCCUUAGAAAAAAAUAUUUUUAUCAUUCAUCUAUACAAAUCUAUAUAAAAGCCAAAUACCAUUUGUUGUAUAAUUACCAUGUAUAUAUUUUAUAUAAGUAUUAAGCUUUUGUAGUUAAUUGCAAAAUUUUCGUAUUACGUUAAAAAUCUAUGCAGACUCGAGACAUUUUGUCCCCGGAGGACAAGGUAUUGUAAGUAAUUGACGCACUAAAAGUACGUCGACGAUUGACUUUCGUUUACUCGAUAAAAAAAGAAUUUUAAAUAUUUGAUUGUCUUCUGAUAAUGCCAUGAGUGUGAUUUCGAACCUGCCGAUGGGUAUAUUUAAUAUGAAUUUGUUAUUAGAACUUGGGUGAUAGUUGUUUUAAAUGAUACAACUAUUUUAAAAUGAAUUUUUGUUCACGACUAGUAAAAUAUAAAAAUUGGUGCUGUAAAUUAUAUAAUAGCGCCAUUUUUGAAUCGGUAUCUUAUAUUGUUACUGUAGAACCUGUAAAUUGAUAAUAAACAGCCAGGAUUCGAUGCAAAGUGAAAUCUGUUUAUAAUUGAAAGUAUUUGGUAGAUGUCUAACGAAAUUGGUAGUUUAAAAUUAUUAUAAAAUAAUUAUUUAAUACAGAAACCUAACAAUUGUAUUAUUUAUUAAUCAAUAUUUUAGAAAUUAGACAUGUUAAGGUUGUUUUUAAAAAAGAUAAAAAGGACAUUCGAGCAUUAUGAAAGAAGACAUACAUUAUUGUUACAUAGGUCACAAAUUUAAUGAAAUAUUGUAGGUAAAGCUAUGCAAUUUGUAUAACAUUUGAAAUAUUUAUAUUUGAAUUUUUACUCAUGUUUGAUAAAUUUAACAAAUAAAAUCACAAUUAAUUUAGUUUAAAUAAAAGUUUUCUUUGUAUAUUCGGGUUUUAAUUUUGUUUAAGUAAUUAGAAAAUAUAACCCAAAUUAAUAAAUGAAUGUGUAGGUAUUGGAAUGAAAUUUGUACAAAUUUUCAGUUUAGGAUCAAUCAUGUUUUACUUACUGACUAUUAACAUUUUUCUGUAAUAAAUAUUGUACGGUAAGUGCUUUUAUAUUUAUAUAAUUAUAUUCUGACAUUUUGAAGUUUCAACAUAAUAUUGUAUCUAAUAAUUGGAUUAACUUGUUUAUGUCAACGUUUUCGGAUAAAUACACAGAAAUAAUUGCA